AUGCACGUGGAUGACGCGCUUCACGUCAUGGACGAGCUCUACUCCGUGCUCAACGUGCCAGCAUGCGUGUCGGACACUGAGCUCAGAGACCGCUACAAGGCGCUCUCCAUCCAGUUCCACCCGGACAAGCACCAUGAUCCUCGCACAAAGGAGGCGGCAUCCCAGCACUUUCUCGACAUACAGCGAGCCUAUUCAGUUCUCUCUGACCCUUUUCUUCGUGUCGUAUAUGACGUCCUCGGCGAACAAGGGCUACACCAGCCAUGGCCCCCAGAACUGCGCACAAAAUCUCCCGAGCAGGUCCGCGCGUACCUAACCGGCUCACGCCGCACCGCCGCGCGUAUGCGCACCGAGCUCGCCGUCGCACCCCGUGGAACAUUCACUGCCAACAUCGACGCCAAAACGCUCUUCCUCGACGUCCCGCCUGGUAGCGGCAUAACCUUUUCCGACCGUCUGCGCGGUGUGCGCAUCUCCAAGUAUGGCAUAUCGCAUCGAAUACAGCCCGAAAUCAGCGAGAACACGACUCUCGGCCUCUCCGCGGGCAUCGACGUCGUACGCGCCUCCGUCCCGGCGCCAAAUAACCCUAGUAGACGCACGAUCGUGCCUAUCGCGCAAGGCGGCGCGCUCGCGGGCACGCUGCGCCACCAGAUCUCGCCGCGCCUCGCCGUCGAGGCCUCCAUCACGCCGUUUCCGUUCCCCCUCCUCACGACCACAACCUCGUACGCGCCCUCGCCGCCGUCGUCCAUCACGGUCUCCACCGCGCAUGUGCUUUCUUCACCAGUGUCGGUGCUCCGCGGGCUCGUGCCCUUCCCGCCGCUCGUCACGGCCACAUACUCACGGCGCCUGUGGCGCAACUCGCCCGCGACGGGCACACUCACUUACACGACGUUCGAGCACCUCUCGCCUGCCGCUUUUCUCAACGCCGGCGCCGGGGGCGGGCUGGGCGGGAGACUGACGCUCGGGGUGGACAAUGCGCGCUCGUUUGAUUUCACGGGCGGUGCGCCGUUCGUGUAUAAUCCCCUCGACGACGACUCGGACGAGGAGGAAGACGAGGAAACGUCAGGCAAGCCCGGCGGCGACGACGACGACAGCAAGGAAAGGGGCGGAAAACGAAAUAACAACGGACGCGGCAACGGGAGCGGCCGCGCACAGGGCCCCGGCUCCACGAGCGGUUUCGCGCGCGGCACCGCGCGCUACUCGUCCUCUCUGUCCCUCGUCGGGCCGCUCGGGACGCUCAAGACCGAGUGGGCGCUGCACUUCCCCGAGCUCGGGCUGCGUGUCGGCGCGGGCGUUGAGGGCGGGACCGCGUUCGUGCCGCUCCAGUCUGAGAGUGAGGACGGGGGUGUGACGGCGAGGGUCGGGCUGGCGCUUACGGGCGGGGUGAGGGUCGAUGGUGGGUGGGAGGACGCGAGAGGAAGGGGAGGCGUCGGGAUGGGGGUUGGGUGUGGGCAGGGUGGGGUCAGUUUGAGUGUGAAUUUUACGCUGUGGAAACAGCGCCUGCGGAUUCCAAUUCUUAUGUCGGGCGAGCCAGACGGCGGGCUCGCGCUUCUCGCAGGUGCAGUGCCCGUUGCGGUGCUUGCCACCGCGUACAUUGUGUAUCUGCGCCCGAGGCGGAUCGAGGAGCGGGCACGGUACUUCAAAGCCGCGCGUCAGGCACUCGAAGACGAGCAGCACGAGACACGCCGCUCACUCGAGGACACCGCCCGGGCGCUAGCAGACGCAGCUGCGCGCAGCACCCGCGCUGAACGCGCAUGCGACGGCCUGAUUAUUAUCGAGGCGUCGUACGGGCCUGCCUUUUUCACCUCUCCCUCCCCCAUCUCCUCUUCUCCUUCCUCAUCCCCAACCCCAUCCAGCCCGCUCACCGCCCUCCUCCUCUCCCUCUCUCGCCUCUCCAUAUUCGGCCCAAGCAACACAACAGCAGCGCACGCCGAAUCCGCCGCCCUCCGCGCACUCUGCGUCGACGUCACCCCCGCCGUCCAGUCCCUCGUCUCGCACUCGCAGAUGUGCAUUCCCGCGGGGCGCCUCGGGCGCUCGCGCACGCGUGCGGCGCUGCCUGGUUUUGUCGAUCCCGCACCGGGGCUGCGCAAGGUGCUUAGGGUGAGGUAUACGUUCAGGGGCAGGAUGCAUUAUGCGGAGGUGGCGGACGGGGGCGGGGUUGUGUUGCCGUUGAGAGAACAUCUCGUCGAGUGAAUGCUAUAGGUGGCUGUGAGGAGACGGGCGGUUGGCGUUUUGCAGAAGAAGCUGCAUCAUGAGCUGCAGGUGGCAAGCUCUAAACUUAGGUACCAGCUACAGUACUGCACCUUUGUUCGCAUGGUGAAGUGUCGUCUGUGUCUGACAAGCGAACGGGAAGGAAGGAAAAUAGUGUUCGUGAUUUUAUGUUUAAUUAUGGGUCCAUCGGUUCUGCGUACCUCAC